AUGACGCCCGAUGCCUAUCGUCCACGAGACCCAUCCAUCGACUUCGCCGCAGAUAUAGAUCUUCUUGCUGGCCUUUGGCAGGAAGCGCCAUUCGCCCGUUUACCGUCCGAUGCACCCUCCGAAGUUAAAGCCGCUGUCCAAAGUCUUGAGAAUCCAACGCGCGUUUAUGCAAUACAUCAAGCCAGCCGCCGCCAUGGGUUCCAACUUCUCGUUGAGAGGUACAUCUUCCAACUGCGAUAUGGUUGUGAAAACGUCAAUUGUGCAACACCCACAUGUUUUACCUGCCGUCGCCGUCUAGCUAGCAAGGCGCCCAUACGAAGAUAUAAUACAACAAGUGCCCGGACGCUAGCAACAUACUUGGCAAGUCAGGAUGAUCCCGAGGAAGGCCUCUGUCCGUUUCUUCGUAAAAGCACGGAGCCGCCAACAACGAUUAACAACCUGAUAUUUUCAACGCGAUCUCCAUCGCCGUCGCAUCCUGAUGACAAGAGAGCAAACGUUGCCACGUCGCCCGGCGCACGCAAGAACCGAGCUUCUAGACCUCGUACAUCCUCAUCGUCCUCUCAGGAUUCAAUCCAUGGCAACAGACGUGCACCGCAUUCCACCGAUGGGUAUUCAGCCUCUCAGAUCCGUGUAAUUGAAGGGCCGGUGAACAAAGAUCAUCGAUCCUUCGCCGCGAAUCUCUUUGGCACUGUGACCUUCAAAAUGCUCGACUGGCUUACCCCCAAAGGUGUAGCAGCCAUAUCUGAGAAGCUUGGCAGUUUCGAAGCGUCUGAGUCAACCGCACCCGUGCUGGAUCAAGAUACUCUGCAAGAGUCAUCCAGUUUAACCAGCACAAACACUGACUUGGAAGUUCGCAAGGUUCUCCCUCAGGAGCCGAGUCCGCAAAAGCCAACAAAGGUGGCUGACCAGCCCCAAGAAACUGAUUGGGACGAGCCUCCCUUUCCCGCAAAGCCUCCUAGGAGCAGACACGACUCAACAAAUAAGCCACAAAAUAAUGCAAUAGCCAAACCCCGAAAAUGCUCUAUCGAUACUACCGACUUGACAAAAGGAGACGACGGAAGCAAAGCUGCCAGACUUCCCCAGAUGAACGGGCAUCUGCGUAACAAGUCAUUAAGACAUAAGAAUAACAAGCAUGCACCUAUCUCAAGUAUGCCAGAACUGCCGUCGAGACCAGGAUUCUUCGAAAAUGUCACAAAACCCCCGACAGAACCCGUGCUGUCAAAUCCGCCGCUGACUUUGCGGGAUGAUGUGGUGAACGAGACAAAGCUGAGAAGCGAUCAAAGUGACGGCCGUGCGAGGAACGACACGAAUCAAGAAAUACAAGACCAUGAAGCAGAGCCCAGGGCCGUCACAACUGACGAUCCUAACAGGAUGUUGCCCCAAGUUCUUCCAAAGCUUGAUGUCAAUCUUGUGGACCUCAUUUGCGACGUAUAUGAGGAAGAUGGUACUUCUGAGCCCUGCCUUCUCGCCGCUCACAGAACAACCUACCCGUAUCCUCAGCCUGUGGGUGAACGGGAGCAUUUGCGCCGUGACUCUACGCUUUCUAAAGCCUGGUCCAGAAAGCAAUGGUUACGCUUCAAUGAACAGACACUCUUUUUUAUUCUCACAGAUCCACAAGCUGUGGUGCAGUCUUUCACACAAGACCAGAAACUUUACGACUCGCAGACUCUUUGGUAUUGCUUCCAUCGAUUGAGUCGGGUCACUUCCAGUCUAGUCUUUCACAGCCUCUGGUUGGCUGCUGCACGUCUCUUCAUACCACCGCCCGAGCUGGAGUCAAAUACCUCCCCAAGACGAGCAAGUAGCACAAAGCCUCUUUGUGACUUAGACGCGGGCUAUCUCAUGUCCAUUUGUAUGCAUGCUUUAGUAGCUGCAACACCGGUGAUAUCGGAUUCAAGAACACUCUAUGAGUUGUCGCGCGUUCGCUCUAACGGUUUGACGCUUGCUGGCGGUAGUGCCAUAUCCCGACAACCCUCUUCGCGAUGCUUAGAUUACGACGACGCUUUCUCAAACGAUAUAGCCAUCAGGUUGGCUCGCAGGCUCUUUUGCGCGAUAACGGCUAGGCGUUGCUUUGUUGACAGAGUAUUUCCAGCAUCGCAAUUGGAGAAUUCCGAAAUGAAAGACGUCGAUAUCCUACGGCCCUUGGUCAACCAACUGGAUUUCCUCAGCACGGGCUCGGCAUCAAUACUUGAGUUCCCGCGAGAUGAACGCCUUCUGCAUGAGACUCGCGUUCCGACUGUUCUUCUGGAUUGGGCACGCACUGUUUUGUUAACUGACUGGGACGGCCGAGCUGAUUUUGCGAUGGACGGGCCUUUUGGAGGAGCAUUGUCGUUCAUUGAAACCCUACAUAAAUCAAGGAACCUCCUUCUGUUAGGCGACGUUCAGUUCCGAGUUGACUAUAUCUCAGAACGAUUGGAUUCGAUUGAGAUGCCCGUGGAAUGGUUGUCGUUCAAGUCGACUCGUUGGCGGCGACAUAUUCUUGACUACCCUUAUGUGUUCAGCCCUGAGACCUUGGUGUCUUUCUUCCGAUCCAUCAACUUUGCCCGAAUGAGUCGCAUGUUUGAAGAGUCGAGUUCUCUUAAGACGCGAAUGAAUGCCAUCGUCGAUCCUGGUAGUCUCAUCACUAAUCCACAUCACAAGAUGGUUCUACAAGACCUGUUAAGGACCGCAUCGUCUAAGUACUUAGUCCUGGAGGUUGGCAGAGAAAAUGUGGCCAGAGAUGCCUUCGAUCAAUUAUGGAGGCGUGAAAGAAGAGAGCUUCUACGCCCUCUCAAGGUGCACUUAGGUGAGAACAGUGGCGAGGAGGGUUUCGACUCUGGAGGUGUCCAGCAAGAGUUCUUCCGUUUGGCGAUUGCGGAAUGCUUAGACCCUGAAUUUGGGGCGUUCACCGUCGACGAGAGGACACGCAUGGCUUGGUUUACCCCAGGUUCAUUGACCGAAGACUGGAAAUUCGAACUUGUCGGGCUUCUAAUGUCGCUUGCGCUGUAUAACGGCUUGACACUACCAGUCACCUUUCCGAGAGCUCUAUACAGGAAAUUACUGGGUAAACCGGUUAAAGAACUUCACCACAUCGCCGAUGGGUGGCCAGACCUAGCGAGCGGGCUAACGACGUUGCUGGAAUGGGACGAAAAGAACGGCCUUGUCGAGGACGUCUUCGCCCGGACGUACGAGUUUUCAGUGUCUUCACUUGGUACAAUUACUACACGUGAGAUGCGUGCGGACAAAACUACGAAUUGGCCAAGCGCAGCCUCGGGCUCAACAGAGAUCAGACCACCUCACAUGGAUAACCCCGACGACGCUCCGCUUGUGACCAACAAGAAUCGUGAUGAUUAUAUCAUUGACUAUAUCCGUUACCUGACAGAUGUUUCAAUUCGGCGUCAGUAUCUUGCUUUCGAGCGUGGAUUUGCAUCUUGCUUGCACAAAAAGUCCCUCUCACUCUUGUGUCCGUCCACAUUGCAGUCCCUCGUCGAAGGAGAGCAGGAAAUCGACAUAGCCGAGCUCAAGCGUUAUACUCGCUAUGUGGGAUGGGAUACCUCCCACCGUACCAUCAAGGACUUCUGGUCUAUCGUCAAAAGGUACGACCAGGGCAUGAAGCAAAGGCUUCUAGAGUUUGUGACAUCAUCCGACCGUGUUCCAGUUGGUGGUAUGAAGAAUUUGCAGUUUGUGAUACAGAAGAAUGGUGAAGAAGACGGCACUGGCGGGCACUUACCCACAGCCUAUACUUGCUACGGCACAUUACUUUUACCCGAAUAUAGAGAUAAAGAGGUGUUACGGGAGCGUCUUGGGAUGGCAUUACAAAAUGCCCAGGGGUUUGGUUUCGCUUAA